GACGGUCCUUUGCAUCGCUCGAUCUGCGCCAUGUCUACACUCACUCCUAUGCAUUCUCCAAGGGUAAAGCGCAAGCCAUCAACACGCAGACCUCGUGCUCCCUCGCAUCUUCCUCCAGUGCAAACACAAGAAACCCACGAUGCCGCCCUCCAUGCCAUCCGCACCCUGCUCAAAGGACGGACCUCAUACGAUGCAUUUCCUGUUAGCUUCAGACUCAUCGUGCUCGAUACCAAGCUCAACGUAAAGAAGGCCUUACAGUGUCUGCUACUGAACGGUGUCGUAUCCGCUCCACUAUGGAACAGCGACAAAUCAAAAUUCGCUGGAAUGUUAACCGUACUUGACAUAAUACAUCUCAUCCAAUACUAUUACUACACCGCAAAUUACGAUAGCGCUGCGGCUGACGUAGAAACAUUCCGCUUAGAGUCAUUAAGAGAAAUCGAAAAGAGUCUUGGAGUAGCGACCCCACCACUUCUCCGAGAACACCCCAAUAGCACGCUAUACGAUGCCGCGAAACUCCUCAUCCAGACACAUGCACGGCGACUACCACUGCUAGACAACGAUUCAGAAACUGGCCAGGAAGUCAUCGUCUCCGUCCUGACGCAAUAUAGGCUACUCAAAUUUAUUUCCAUUAACUGUACCAAGGAGAUACACCAACUUCACUUGUCUCUACGAAAACUCAAAAUCGGGACAUAUGUAUCCUCUACAAUACCCCCGUCAGAUUCUCCAGACGGUCAAAACCCAUAUUGGCCAAUUGCCACCGCAACACUCGAUACACCCGUCUUCGAUGUUGUUCAUAUGUUUUCUGAGCGUGCAAUAUCAGCGGUGCCAAUUAUUGAUGAUGAAGGUGUCGUUGUAAAUCUCUACGAGACUGUCGAUGUGAUUACUCUCGUCCGCCUCGGUGUUUAUCAAUCUCUCGACCUCACGAUAUCUGAGGCAUUGAAUCAGCGCUCACCCGAUUUCCCCGGUGUGGUCAUCUGCACGGCUUCUGACUCUCUCGGAACUUUGUUGGAAUUGAUCAAGAAGCGGAGAGUCCACAGGCUAGUAGUCGUUGAAGGCGAUGAGGAAGAGAAAAAAGGUGGAAAGAAGGGGCGAUUACUAGGCAUCAUCACCCUUAGUGACGUUUUACGAUAUGUCAUCGGCCAAGUGGGGAUUGGUGAAGUAGCCGAGCCCGUAGAAGAGAAUGCGUCUCCAUCCCAAGCACGAAAGCAAUCAUAGAACCCUUCCAAUCUUGAUAUCUUGUCAGUCUGUACUUCAUAUAUUGUAAUUGUAUGUCAGCUUUGUGUGUAUGUUAUGUCCGCUAUACUGUGCUACUUGAUUUGGGAUAUCAAGCAUGUCGUGCAUCAUUACAAAGUUGUAUUUCAGUG